CCUUAUGAAUGUAACCAUUGUGGUAAAUCCUUUGCAUGUAACAGUAGUCUCCAAAUACAUAAAAGAACUCACACUGGAGAGAAACCUUAUGAAUGUAAUCAGUGUGGUAAAGCUUUUGCACGUAUCAGCAUUCUCCAAAGACAUAAAAGAACUCACACUGGAGAGAAACCUUAUGAAUGUAAUCAGUGUGGUAAAGCCUUUUCCUGUAAUAGUAUUCUCCUGCUACAUAAAAGAACUCACACUGCUAGAGCUAUUAUUACCAUUGAGAACACUGCUGAUGUCAGUGUCAUCUCAUCCACGAACACUGGUGAGCAAGCUGUGCUGAAGUUUACCACUGUCAUUUUAGCAAUUCCAGUUGCUGCCACGUUCACACCUGGGACCUUCAUUAACCAGAUGCAAGCGUCUUUCAGGGAGCCACGGCUUCUAGUGGUGGCUGAUCUCAGAUCUGACCAGCAGCCCCUCACAGAGGCUGCUUAA